CCGCUUCGUGACCAUCGUUGAGGAAGCCAUGAACCUGAUGCGGGCGGUGGUCGGGUCGCCUGAGCCCCUGCGCUACCUGUCGGAACUGGUGAACGCGCAGCUGGAGUACCACAAGGCCGCAGCCUCGCUGCUCAGCGACCUGGCGCCCGAGAUCGACGAGAUCCAGGUCACCCAGGAGGCGCUCUAUCGCCACGAGAACAAGUAAACACACUUUAUCUCAACCACACACUAGCUCGCUUAUGCCUCGAUUUGUUUCGUACGUAAUUCAAUCUCUAUCGAUACCUUCUACA